AGCUCCCUUUCCUUUGCAUGCACACACACUCCCUUAACUGGUAGCAGGCCGGGCAUUCAACUACAGAGUGAUGGCUGACAAGGAGCUUACCAGAGUGAGAGGGAGAUUUGUCGAGAAGAUCUCAAAAGCCCUAAUUAAACAGCUCCUGGAUGACCUUUUGGAAGAUCGUCUGCUAAACGAUGGGGAGACAGACUCUGUGCUGGAGGACAACACUGGGAAAGCAGACAUGGCUCGGUGUCUCAUCGACAUGGUGAGGAAGAAGGGGGACAAAGCCAGCAGGAAGAUGCUUGAACACCUUAAUAAAAGAGACCCUACACUGUUCUCUGAGCUUGGCCUCACCGAUACGGCAACACCAGCUCCUCAGAAACAGCAGGGCUGGUCAAACACACUCGUCACCACGACGGACUCCUUCUGGAACGAGAAACGCAAUUCUAAAGAUAUUUACAGCGUGUCAGACUGCUCCCUUAAAAGUCGCGUGGCCCUUUUGAUCACUAACAGAAACUUUUCAGACACAAAAUUAACCAGAAAGGGAGCUGAGAAAGAUGAGGAAAACAUGGAGAAGCUGCUCAGAUCUCUGAACUACGAGGUGGUGAAAUACAAUGAUCUCACUGCAGAGAGGAUAAAUGAGGCUCUGCGUAAUUUUAAAGAGCACCCAAAGCUCAGCAAUACAGACAGCGUGUUUGUGGUGAUCAUGUCUCACGGAAAACGAGAAUUUGUCCUUGGCGUCAAUCACAGCAACGAAAAGCCAGACGAAUUCCCCAUUGACAACAUCUACAAAUACCUGGGUCCACAAGAAUGCCCUGCCUUGAUGAACAAACCAAAGAUCAUCAUCAUCCAGGCCUGCAGAGGAGGCUCUAGAGGAUCGGUGAUAGUAAGUGACAGCGCUUCAGCUGAGACGGUCUCUGAUGACGUUUCACAGCAACAGCCUGCUAGUGUGGGCAACAUUGUUGAUGAUGCCAUCCGAUACGUUCACAAAGAAAAGGACUUCAUUUCUCUCCUGUCCAGCACUCCUGAUACUGUCUCAUACAGAAGAGAGGAUUUGGGCUCCUUCCUCAUCCAGUACAUCGCUGAAGUCUUCAACACUUGCUCCCAUGAGGAUGAUAUUGAUGAACUUUUCAGAAAGGUCAUGCAACGCUUUGAAGAGUUUCCUGAUGAAACCAAAAGACAAAUGCCAACAAAGGACAGAUGCACCCUAACCAGGCGCUUCUACCUUUUCCCCGGCCACUGAGGCAGAAACG